UUCGAUGACUUCUCCCGGGACCUGUGUGUCCAGUCGCUGCUGGAGAUCAUGGACAUGUUCUGUGACCGCCUCAGCUGCCACGGCAAAGCAGAGGAGUGCAUCGGCCUCUGCCGGGCGCUGAUGAGUGCCCUCAACUGGCUCCUGCGCUGCGCGGCCUUCUACGCCGAGAAGGUGAAGGAGACGCUGGAGCAGGCAGCAGCUGAGAGCCAGCUGAAGAUGUGUCUGGAGCGGCUGGAGAAGAUGCUCGGCAGCGCCAAGAACCGCGCCCUGAUCCACAUCGCAAAGCUGGAGGAGACGUCCUCCUGGAGCGCUGUGGAGCAGUCCCUCGUCAAGCUGGGGGAGAACGUGAACAGCCUCAGCAAUUCCCCACUGCGAAGCCAGGCUGACGACUGCAUCUCCCUCAUCAAGAGCAUCCCCACCAUGCUCUCAGUCCACUCCGAGCAGCUGAACAAGACCGGCUUCCCCACCGUGCAUGCCGUGGUGCUGCUGGAGGGGACCAUGAACCUCACGGGAGAGACCCAGCCACUGGUGGAGCAGCUGAUGAUGGUGAAGAGGAUGCAGCGCAUCCCCUCCCCACUCUUUGUGCUGGAGAUCUGGAAGGCCUGUUUUGUGGGCCUCAUCGAGUCCCCGGAGGGCACGGAGGAGCUGAAGUGGACAGCCUUCACCUUCCUGAAGAUCCCCCAGGUCCUGGUUAAACUCAAGAAGUAUCCCCAAGGGGAGAAGGUGAGUUUCAAGGGCCGUCGAUCGGAGCUGUUCGCCGCGUUGUGUACACAAGACUUCACCGAGGAUGUGAACUGUGCCUUCGAGUUUUUUUACCCCUCUGCUCGACAAAGCAGAUCAGCGAUCUGCGACUGCACGAGUCUGCUCCUGCAGGAGUGCAGCAAGCAGGGGCUGCUUUCAGAAGCCAACAUGACCAACCUGAUUGCCAAACGGACGGCAGACAGAGAACACGCUCCGCGCUUGAAAUCGGCAGAGAAUGCCAACAUCCAGCCAAACCCGGGACUCAUCCUGAGGGCCGAGCCGACUGUCACCAACAUCCUGAAGACCAUGGAUGCGGAUCACUCCAAGUCCCCCGAGGGCUUGCUGGGGGUCUUGGGUCACAUGCUGUCUGGGAAGAGCCUGGAUUUGCUGCUGGCAGCGGCAGGAG